UCCUCGUUCCCGUCUCUCUCAUCAUCUGCAACGACAUCAUGGCGUACAUGUUUGGCUUCUUCUUCGGAAAGACUCCCCUCAUCAAGCUGUCGCCGAAGAAGACGUGGGAGGGCUGGCUGGGAGGUCUCGUCUCUACCAUCGCCUUCGGAUGGGUGCUGGCGGCGGUGCUCGUGCGCUACGAUUACUUCACCUGCCCCGUAGACUUCAGCUACAGAUACCUCAACAUGACCUGUGAACGCACGUCGACGUUCACUAGCGUGAAGUUCCAAUUCCCCGCCGUCAUGCGCGUCUUCCUCACCACGCUGCAUCUGCCGGCGAGCAUGACGCUGUUCCCGUUCCAGCUUCACGCCGUCGGCAUGGCGUUGUUUGCCUCCAUCAUCGGUCCGUUCGGUGGUUUCUUUGCGAGCGGAUUCAAGCGAGCGUUCAAGAUCAAAGACUUUGGCGACCUGAUUCCGGGACACGGAGGCAUGAUGGAUCGGUUUGACUGUCAGCUGCUGAUGGCAUCCUAUGUUCACGUCUAUCACUACAGCUUCGUGAGGGCCGCCGACCCCAAGCGUCUGCUGCAGCUUGUGUUGGCGAUGCCGCCCGAGCAACAACUUCAGUUCUUUAACACUCUCAAGGAUCGUCUGCUUGGCGACGGAACGCUAAAACUCACCGCCCAGUAGCAGACGAUCGCCCCCGGCAACGUCCCCGACAAUGCCCCCAGCAACGCCGCCGGCAGACGACGACAACUACGCAGACCUUCCGAUCUUCUCGUCCGUCUUGGAAAAGUCCUUCUUCCGUAUUAUUCGCCUUCGACCGCUGGGUUGCCUAGCGUCGGACUCGUGGUGCACAGGUGGUUUAGUACUGCUGCGCGGUCGGAUAGCGGUUUUCUGCUUUUGGUAACGAUGCAGUCUUUAAUUCACGAUCCACUCGGCGAUCUGAAGGAAUGUUCGAGUCUUGCCGCACCUUCACCGAGUUUGCACAUCGAUCGCAGAACGCUGCAAUGGUGGCUUGUGAUUCGGCUGCUACGGUGUAGUUGCACUGCUGCUUUUCUUGCCUUCCAAAAUGGCCGCUGAGGUCGAAUCCAGCAUUGUAAUCGGCGGAUGUGCACUCGCACUGCGAUGUCUAUGCGAUGGAAGCGUGCUGCCAUUGUCCGUGGCUCUCUCGCUCUCUGGAUGAUCCCGGCGAUCGAAAUAUGCAUUGAAUCGAUUCUGAAUAUUCGCGACGAAUAACGAAAAAGCAAUCCGAAUAUAUCUGACGUUGAACGGAUGUCUUUUGACCGCGUCAAGCGAUCUUGGCAGGGUGGCGUCGCCAUUUUUCCUCACUAGAAAGUUUUUAGUGAGUUUCUUAAGUGUCCCGUUGACUUUACGACCCAGAUGUGUCUGUCAUUCCUCUUCUUCAGGCUCUAGACCGUGACGAGUUGUGAGCGCGGUCAUAGCGGGGAAACGUUAAUCUUUACUACAAGUCCGCAUUAGUGUACAAAUCUAGCGAAUGAGAAAUGUUUUAUUUAUUCCGAGUAAUCAUUAUUCACAUAUUAAACGUAAGAUAUAUCUAUCUAUAUA